AUUUCUUUUAAUAUUCUUUGAUUGGAGACAUUGUGCAGGGUAUGGAUUUUAUGGCGGGCCCACAAUGAAAACACCAGAGUCGACUGACAUCAUUGAUGCCCACAACUUAACAUCAUGGAUCUCAAACUACACUACACGAGCCAUGCUGAUGCAGUACCUUGUUCUUUGUCCGGAACAAGAUAUGUGUCAGGGACAAAGUCUAAGAAGAAGUUACGUCUUUGAUGUAGAAAUGACCAGAAGUUGUACGCCCUGCGACUGCGAUGCAUCUUGUAUAAGAAAAUCCUCUUGUUGUCCCUCAAAGCUUUUGCUUAUGGAAAAUAGCUUAGAUCCGAUCGAACAACUGGAACAAAACAAAACGGUUUCUCUUAGUUGUUCAUUGCCUUUUUUGAAUAUACAUUCCGAUUUUCAGGAACAGUCGUACUGGAUGGUCGAUAGCUGUCCAGAUGGAAAAGUAUGUAUCCCAUCUAAAAGCCAAUCUAUAAACAUGUCCCUCUUCACCCCGGUGACCUCUCUUUUGACCAACGAGACAUACCGGUAUCUUCAAUGUGCGCUUUGCAAUGAUGAAAAUAUUUCCGACCUACUGUUUUGGAAACAGGACAAGAUCGUUUGCACGUCGCGGUCUUAUCUUUUGUCGUUGGUUUUGACUGUCGAUGCUAUCUAUCAGAAGAUAUUUGAUGGACUUUCGCCAUGCAAUAUUUUGUUUUAUCCACCAAACACAAUAAGAGAAUUGGUGACUCCCUGUAUUUAUACAACAGGCGUUACUUGCAACCAAACAGGAUCUCUCGACGGAAACUCAUCGUACCUUAUUCAGGCAUGCAAGGACUAUUACCUACCUUUCAUUACAAACUACAAAACAUAUAGAAAUAUAUUCUGCGCUCUCUGCUUUUCUAUGUCCUUGUUAGAAUUACCAAUUGAAAAUAAAGAAGGCAGUGGUUACGGGGGGUCCAAAGAUUUUCCACUCUUCUCGGCUUUAAUAAAUUUCAACAAAAAGAGAUCCGUCGAGGAAUUUCAGAAUGACGUACAAUGUGGUCAUGGACAAAUAUUUCAUAAAGAGUUGGUAUGUAUUUUUUUGUUCGGUGUAUUUUUAAUUUUCACAUUAGAACCACUCGUCUGAUAUUGCAGCAAGUUCCGUACACUUUUAAAGAAUCUUUCAAAUUUGUUAUGAAUGAAAGUGAUAAUGCAAAUCUAGUAAUGACGUGUUCUUUAAUGUUGUAGAAGACCUGUUUUGCUUUGACCUGUGAGCAGGAAUACGAAUACACUCAUCACCCACCUGAACCACCAUCUUGCCAAUCAUCUUUUUCCAGAUGGGAAGAAAACAACUACGAGAUCAAUUUGAUUUUUGAAAAAAUCGGUGGAC